AUGGGAUGCGGUGGCAGUGCCUGGAGAGGCCACCAGGAUGCUCCGAGUUGCUGCGGACAGGGACGGUCCUGCAGCACGUGCCACGCUGUCUGCACAUUGCACAAACGAGGGCUCUUCGAGGCUACAGAAUGCUCCUUGUGCGCGACUUCCUCUAUGAGCUUCAGCUGGACUUGUGUGCACAAGUGCGGCUUCCAGGUUUGUUUGCCAUGUGAACUUAGCAUCGCCAUGGAGGGGGACAGCGUGGAACGACUGCAGAUGGCUGUGCAUGCAGUCGAGCACCACGAAGCAAGGGAUUGCGGGUUGGCAGCGGCAUCGCUUCAGCUGCAGCUUUGCGAACGGCUCGAUGUCGCUUGCGGCCUCACCUCCUUCCAGCAGCUGGAGGAAGCCAUCUCUGCUGCCGAAGGGCGAGAAGCUUUGAUGGUCCGGUCGCGUGUGCAGCUUCUGCUUCAGCGGCUGGACCUCCUCGCGGACAUCGACUUCGAGCUCCGCAGAGCCACCGAAGGAAACAGCAUCGAGCUGCUCGCGGAUCGGCUCCAUCGUGCCGAGGAGCAUGGCCUGGAUGCUCCAGAAAGACUUCGCCUCGCCCGUCGACGACUGGAUCAAAUGAGAGCCCUGCAAAGGCUCAACGAGUCGCUGGCAGCAGCGGUGCCUCAGGAAAUCCGAGAAGCGAUCGCCGGCUGCAUGGAAGCGCAGCUGGAGCCCGAGCAGCCGGUGGUCGUUGCAGCCCAGGCCCGGCUGGACUUUCUCCAGGCAACGGCGGAUUUGGCAGAGGCGAGCCUUAACUUCGAUGCCGAUGCACUCCAACUUGCUCUGGAGGAGGCACGGCGCUUCGACAUAGAUGCAGCGCGGCUGAGUGCGGCAGAGGACCUCCUUGCAGAGCUCAGUGUGAUGUGCGCCGAAGGUCACAGGCUUCAAAGAUUGCGCGGGAAGGUUCCGCCUUGUGCUUGCCAGGGCUGCUACGCGCAAUCAGAUGCCAAGGCAUUGACGUGGUCGCGCUGCGAGCCGUGCGACUACGCUCUGUGCCACCACUGCGUUGCUUGGCGCGCCAAGGGCCGGCGGCGAUUUUUGGAGCUCACCGAGACCACCGAGGCCGAGGCAGAUUCUCCGGCGGAGGCCGAGGCCACCAGGACGUCCUUGGGCGCGGGGUCCGCGGAAGCCCCGUCGUCGCUUGAGGCACCCGAACUGCCGGGAGCGGUGGGAGCGGCGGGAGCGGUUGCAUCGGAAGACUCAUCUCCGGUCUUCUCACUUGGCCUUGACGAGGCUGAUCACCGGAAGUGGUUUGACUGCUGGGCUUCACGCAUGAAUGCGCAAAGUGCACAGUGGGAGUUAUUUCGUGGAGGCGAGUGGGUUCCAUUUGGCAUCGGCCUUUGCAACAAACUUACAGCUGCCCUGGGGACAGGCGAUAGCACGUUUCGAUAUGUAGCCACGAACAGGCAGGAACAUCUUUUCAACUUUGACAUGAUGGAGCAAGUCAUCGUGGCUACUGGCAAGCGGAGAUCUAUGCGGCGAGUCCUCUGGGAAAUUGAGUUAGACAUUGGCUGGGUUCUCGUUGAGGAGGAAUUGGCUCUUCAGUUGCAGAUGCACGAGGUAAAGGAAGAAAUCUCCUUCGAGUAUUUUGCGAGAGGAAUGAAAUACACGAUCAACUUCUUCGAGCGCAGUCAGCUUAAUUUGGAGCUCGGAACGAAACGGUGCUUACGCAAAGUGGCACUGCAAGAUAUUGUCCCGAAGAUGAGCAGGCAGCAGCUGCGAAUGGCCUUGGAGGACGACUUUCCAAAGUUUGCUUGCGCGACUCGCCAGUGGAUCAUGAUACGAUGGCCAUGGCAAAUGAUCGGGGACUGCAGUAUCGACGCAUGUCAGUUCGUGGAGACUGGCUUGGCUGAUGAGAUUGCAUCAGGGCUUGCAGGCAUGCAGGAAGGCGUCCCGCAGCUAGGAGGCAUUCUUCAGAAUAUUCUUUGGUUCGACUACGUGGACGAUGUCAAGAGGGAGCGGUUGACACAAACACAGGUGGUCAACGCGAUCACCCAGGACUCUCGAUGGCGAUGGGGCCACGCAGGUGCGGAGGAUGCUGUCAGCGCGCUUUGGGUCGAUCUAGGGCUCGUGGCCACCGAGCCCGUGAGCAAGCUGGAGUGUCUGGUUGCAGGUGGCUUAGCUGACGAGCUGGCAAAUGCUUUGACUUCGAGCUCGGCUACUGUGGAUGACUGGAUCAUGGAAAAUAAGCAGCCGCUUUGGGAAGGUCAAGACUGCGCACUUUGCUAUUGCGCCAUCGGCCAGACCGAUGCCGGCCGGCGAAUGCGCUGUGGAUGUUGGCUUCAUUUUGAGUGCCUCGGUCAUGGACUGAAGGUGCUCAUAAAGGAGCACACCGUGGACGACGAGCGCAUGAGCACCUGCCCCGCAGCAUGUGGCCGGCCACUGGGACGCAUCAUGCCACCCGGCGUGAUUCACAGAGCCGUCGGCGACGAGCUCUUUGCCAAGUAUUUGGAUUUGCGUGUAGAGGUCCAGUGGCAGAAGGAAGCAAUGGACUCGGGAAAACUGGUGGCGAAAUGUCCUGGCUGCAGCUUCCUGGUUCUCUGCAACGAGCUUGAGGAGAUGAGCUCCAUCAAGUGCCUGCGGAAAGGCUGCAUCGUGGAUCGCUUUUGUGCGUUCUGUGGUAUGGCGCCUCAUCGGCCCUGGACAUGCAAAGAGCGUGCGCUUCAGGACGCCGUGCCGCAGGCACGCAAAAGAAUCGAAGAGGCGCUCGUGGAAGCACUGCACAGAAGGUGUCCCGGAUGUGCAGUGCCUACGGAACGGACGGACGCAUGCUGCCAUAUGACUUGUUCCCACUGCAGAACAGAAUUUAGUUGGGUAUGUGGCAUGAAGUAUGGCUACUGCCGUGCGAACCAUCCGUGCUUGAAUGGCGCUAUCUAUUUGCACGCGAUGCCGCAGCUCGUUUCCAUCUUGCGAGAGCGUCGGCUGGAAGCAUCGGAUCGCAACGGCAGCGACCUCUUUCUGGAGUUGCGCUGCAUCUACUUGCUCUCGCAAGUCCGGGCGGAAGUGGGCAAAGACGCCUGGACGAGAACGCGUGUGGAGCAUCCCGAACUUCUCACGGAUGUGAUCCGGAGUUCAUGGAGCAUUCCUUGGAAUGAAAUUGGGAAUGUGCGGCGGCUGACGAAACUGCUGCCUUAUGCUUUUCCAGCAUUUAAGAAGUCGGCCCGGUCCGACCGUGGCGCUGAGGUGAAGCCCCGGCUGCUCUCUGUGUUGGACGACAUGAUGUGA